CAUUGUCUUGGAAUCUCCCCCACACCGUCAAAGCUACGCUCCCUGUCCUUCUCGCUCUCGUCUCUCGGUGUAAGUCUCGGGUUACGAUUAGGGUUAGGUUUUCUGCUCUGAGAAUUUUUUGCUGAAAAUUUCAGCUUCUAUGGAAGCUUCAGCAGCAGCUUCCUAUUCAAACUCCUUCCGAUCACUAUUCCGCCACUGCUACUGCACCUUCAAUAAACUCUCUUGUCGCAGUUUCUGCUGCUCUUAUUGUUGUUCUACUAAACCCUGAAAAAGCUUUCGUCAGAGUGGUAGAAGUGUUUUCUCGUCCUCGUCCAUGGAUUUGACUCGCUCGCAGUCCAAUUUCUCUCUAGGGUUUCUGUCCCACUCCUCCCCGCCUCCGAGAACCCAAAUUGCCGACGAUUCCAUUUCGUUUCAGAUAGAUUCGAGCUUCCGCGAUCCAGCGCACCCGAUGCCCUCCAUUCCCCUGCAGCUGCUGGAGCAGCAGGCAAACGAUCAGGACCACAAAAUCGAGAACGCAAGCGAGGAGAAAGUGUGUAGCGAAGAUGACAGAUCAGAUAUGGAGGAGUUCAGAAUUUUGGGCCAUUCCAUGUGCUUGAAGCGGAAAAGGGAUACUGAAUCGUCAUCUUCUCUGAGUCUCGAGUCACGUAGGGUUGCAGUGAGGGCUUGGGGAAGUCAGCCGCUCCACAUUGCUGACCCGGAUGUGUUCGGGAUUAUGGAGAAGGAAAAGCGAAGGCAAUUCACGGGAAUUGAGCUGAUUGCAUCAGAAAAUUUUGUGUGUCGGGCUGUGAUGGAAGCACUCGGAAGCCAUUUGACGAACAAGUACUCGGAAGGAAUGCCUGGUGCCCGUUACUACUGUGGCAAUCAGCACAUCGAUGAGAUUGAAAUGCUCUGUUGCGAGCGUGCUUUGGCUGCUUUUAAUCUUGAUCCGGAUUGCUGGGGUGUGAAUGUUCAGCCUUAUUCAUGUACAUCGGCAAAUUUUGCUGUUUACACGGGGCUUCUCCUCCCCGGAGAUCGAAUCAUGGGUUUGGAUACUCCAUCUGGAGGAAACACUAGUCAUGGGUAUUAUACGCCAAACGGGAGAAAAGUGUCCGGGGCUUCUAUAUUUUUUGAGAGCUUACCAUAUAAAGUGAAUCCACAAACUGGGUAUAUCGAUUAUGAUAAACUUGAGGAGAGGGCAAUUGAUUUUCGUCCCAAGAUACUUAUCUGUGGUGGGAGCUCGUACCCUCGUGAGUGGGAUUAUGCGAGGUUUAGACUGAUUGCUGAUAAGUGUGGAGCUGUGUUAAUGUGUGAUAUGGCUCAAAUUAGUGGUCUUAUUGCGGCCAAGGAAUGUGUAAAUCCAUUUGAAUAUUGUGAUAUUGUUACUUCAACAACUCACAAAAGUCUUCGAGGUCCCAGAGGAGGAAUAAUUUUUUACAGAAAGGGUAAAAAGUUGAGGAAGAGAGGCAUGGUUCCAGGUCAAGGUGAUGAUAGUGACCAAUAUGAUUUUGAGGACAAGAUAAACUUUGCUGUUUUUCCAUCCUUACAAGGUGGGCCUCACAAUAACCAUAUUGCUGCACUUGCUAUAGCCUUAAAGCAAGUAGCGACUCCGGAGUACAAAGCAUAUAUGCAACAAGUAAAAAAAAAUGCUCAGGCUUUAGCGACUGCCCUAUUGAGAAGAAAAUGCAGACUGGUAACUGGAGGCACAGACAACCAUUUGCUGCUCUGGGAUUUGAGAACAUUGGGAUUGACAGGUAAGAAUUAUGAGAAGGUCUGUGAGGUGUGUCACAUUACACUUAAUAAAAUUGCUAUAUUUGGUGAUAAUGGAACCAUCAUUCCUGGAGGUGUAAGGAUUGGUACACCUGCUAUGACAUCAAGAGGUUGUUUGGAGUCCGAUUUUGAGAUAAUUGCUGAUUUUCUUCUCAGAGCCGCACAGAUUGCAAGCAGGGUACAGAGAGAGCAUGGGAUGGUACUGAAGGGUUUUCUGAAGGGUCUUCAUAACAACAAGGAUAUUGUUGAGCUCCGUACCCGAGUCGAAAAUUUUGCGACUCAGUUUUCAAUGCCUGCAUUUGACAUUUGAAUAUGUUUUGGAGGUGCAAUCGAGGAAGGAAUGCCAUCUGUCUUCUAGGGCUGCCUUGUGCUGCUCAUGGUAACAAUUCCCAAAUGGGCAUUCUUUUUCCAUCCUCUUUUAAGUUUGGCCUCUUCAUUUGCAGCAUAAUGGUUUCUGCAGUUGCCAAACUUCUGUAAAUACAUUCAUGGUAGUUUGCCAUAAUUUAUGGGAGUAGUGAGGAGACUCUGUUGGGUUUGGCCUGUUUUGAUGUCUCAUCAAAUUGGCAGUGGCAGCAGUCCUUUGAUCCGGGGAUGUAAGAUGACCGUGUAAGAAGGGUACUGGAGUGUGCAGGUAAACUACCACGGUAGGUCUUCCACUAUUUAUGGAAGGCUUCGAAAUAUUGUUUCAAUUUAACUUGAUAUAUUUGAGGAUUGCUUUCAUAAUAAGGGGAGGAGAUAUACGUUGAGGAUCGCAGCCCAGAAAUUUUGGCCAUAAUUUUUUAUACUCUGAUAAUUGUAUUUGGCCAGGCCAACAAAACAGAGAAGGAAAAAAACAAAAAAAAAAAGCGACGUUAAUGAUGGCAUUGGCAUGGUAAUGGACACCUUGGUGCACUGUUAUUCCACAAUGAGUUACAGUGAAGAUUAUUUGUAAUUUAUUAACUUUUCUUAUUGAGUAUCGCCGCCAAAUUUAGAUAUAUUCAGAAA